AUGCGAUUCUUCGGAAACGUCGCCGGAGCCGGCUACGUCGUCCUCAACGGCAUUCGCGCCCUCAAUAUCGUCGCUCUGCUGACCGUCAUCGCUGCCUCUGGGUCCUUGCUGGUCAAGACCUUCGACAUUGAUGGAUUCGGCUUCUUUGCUGCCCUCAGCCAUUCGAUCCGCAUCCUGAUUGCGCUGUUUCUCAUCGUCUCUGAGCUACCGAUUCUCAAGAACUACUACAUCAAGAAUUGGCCGCUCUUCAGCCCCCGGCAUGGCUUUGUGAUGCUUGGCUUCACCUUCCUCUUCUUGGGGGUCAACAUCUUCGGUGAACUAUCACACCGCGAAGCCAGCCAGAAGAGGCUCACUAUGCCCUUCUGGCAACUCUGUCUUGCCGCUGGUAUUCUCAUGAUCGUUAUGAGCGUCAUCAACAUCAUUGCCAGCUACAUCUUCCGCGAUGGCAAGAACAACAUCACUGCGCGCCAAGUUCGGGCCCAUGGCGCCGCGGCCUCGAAACACGCCGUCGAUGUUGUGAGCGUUCAGUCACCAAGUCCUAACCGUGCCACUCGCUACCGGUCUUUCUUUCUGAGGAACAAGCAGGAGAAGCGAACCAGCCUUCCAAGCUAUGAAUCAACCCCGCACCGAGGCAUGAACAUUUCUAGUCCUAUCUCGCCAGCCAGCUCGAAGUACAGCGGAUAUACACGAGGUCCAGUCAGCCCGGAGGCCGCCAAGCACCCUGCUGAGAGACAUGGCAACAUGAUCUAA